ACUCGCUCCCCUCCUCCCCUCUCUCUCUUUCUAUUCUUUGUCUCACUCUUCCUGCUUAUUUUCCAUCUCUCUUUUCUCUCCUCCUUUUUCUCUUCAAUCUUCUUUUUCUAUUCUCUUUUUCUUUUCUAGGAGUUGCUGCAAUAAAUCCUUCAUGUCGACUCAGGAUAAGGGUCGGCCUUUGCCGAAAUUUGGAGAAUGGGAUGUGAAUAAUCCUGCAUCUGCUGAAGGAUUUACUGUAAUAUUUAGCAAAGCCAGAGAUGAGAAAAAAUCCAAUGCAACAGGAGGGGCAGGAGCUGCCUCACAGAGAAACAAUAAUCUGCAUAAACCUGAAGAAAAUUAUCAGGACCCAACUGCAAAGAAAUGGUUUUGCUGUUUCUGAAUCUGUGAUACAUUGGAGAUGAAAAAAGAAAGAUUGUAAUUUGACAAUUGAGCUAUGAAAGUUUGAAGCUUUCGUUUCAGAUUCACUGCAGGGAUCGAAUGCUGAUUACAUCCUUACCUCUUCCAUCUAAUCUUUAUUUAACUGCUUUGUUUCAUGUCCCUCAGUAUUUUCUUAUAAUAAUCUAGGAAAUGAACAAUUGUUCAUAAAACAUAUAUAACUGCGAUUAACCUUUUCUAAUGUUCAUGUAAUUUCAUAGAACUUUUGUUCAGCUCCGCUAACUCUA